AGUAUUUCUUCAAUCUAUUGAUUGAAGCGUUGCUUUCACUGUGCUGGAGGGGACGUCCUUGAGUAUAUUGGGUUGUCUGGACGCCGAAGAUUCGGAAACGAACCAAUUAUGUUGGCGCCUCAACCUGGGCCAAUCUCAAUACGCAUCAUCCGCUCUUCUGGGAGAUUUUCCGCCAUAGCAUUUUCUUCCACGUUGCCGUGCCAUUGUUUCCCCUCGCGUUUGCAGUUUAUUGAGCCUCUGGUUCCCAUGGCUUUUAAUUCAAGGGAACCACUGCAUUUGGCAGGGAAUCGCAAAGCCAGCCACAGCAAAAGUAGAAAUGUCCACCACAAGCGAAGCAUUUUCGAAAUUCAAGCCUCAAGCUCAAGCUCAAGCUCUUCCUCCGACACCGAUCUGGUCUUGGUUAGCUCUUUGAUCACCGUCACAUUGGCGGUAGCUAAUCGAGUGCUUUACAAGCUCGCCCUGGUUCCCAUGAAGGAUUUCCCCUUUUUCCUGGCUCAGUUUACAACUUUUGGGUAUGUAAUUAUAUAUUUUACUAUCUUGUAUAUACGAUAUCGGGCUGGCGUUGUGACACGCGAUAUGAUGGCCAUUCCGAAAUUGCGCUUCUUGGCAGUUGGUUUUCUUGAAGCUUUGGGAGUGGCUACUGGGAUGUCUGCUGGAGCCAUACUCCCUGGACCUGCCAUACCCAUAUUGAAUCAGACAUUUUUGGUUUGGCAACUAAUAUUUUCAACCCUCCUCUUGGGUAGAAGAUACUCAAUCAACCAAAUUGCUGGGUGCCUACUUGUAGCCACUGGUGUCGUGGUGGCUAUUGCAAGUGGGUCUAAUGCAGGUCAGAUGUUAUCUGAAGUUGAGUUUUUUUGGCCAGCAUUGAUGAUAGUUUCUAGUGCUUUUCAAGCUGGUGCAUCUAUAAUCAAGGAGUCUAUUUUUAUUAAUUCUGCCCUUCAACUUAAGGGAAAAUCACUAGACAUAUUUGUGGUCAAUUCCUUUGGAUCUGGGUUUCAGGCUCUUUUUGUUCUUCUCCUUCUACCAUUUCUUUCUAAUUUGAAAGGGAUACCUUUUCUUCAACUUCCUUCAUAUUAUAAACGCGCUGCUGGUUGCUUUCUAAAUACAGGAGCUGAUACAAUAGAUGUUUAUGCCUUAGGUUGCGAUGGGGCUCCCUUCCUUCCGCUACUUUACGUCGUUAUGAAUUUGGCAUUCAACAUAUCAGUGCUUAAUGUAGUCAAAGUUUCUUCUGCAGUUGUUGCUUCACUUAUGGUAAUGUUGUCAGUUCCAAUUUCAGUUUAUAUUCUUUCCCUUCCACUGCCAUAUCUUCCUGGGGGAACAACCUUCAGCCCGUUUUUUCUGCUUGGCUGUGCGAUUCUCGUAUGUGGUCUUGCUCUGUACAACGCAACGCAACUUUUCAAGCGUGGUUCUAAGGCUGACUAAAAGCUGAUCCCUUCCAUGAAAUCAGUGCUCGGAGCGGAGAAAUAACCGGUGCUCUGGUUAUAGGCGCAGUGAAAUAUAAUUUUUUUUGAACCACAUAACAUCCAUCUUGUAUAUAUCUUAACUAGCAAUUCGCCCGCGGAAUGCUUUCUAUCAUUUCAUUUCAUAUUGAAAUAUUUUGAAAUAAAUAAUAUUUAAUAAAAUGGUAUUUUUUUGGGUUAA